CGCGCGGGGAGCUCGAGGACCUCCAGUCCCGGGACGGAAGUCCUUCCCGCGGUUCUACCGGAACGUGCCGUCAAGUUUCAGAGAAACCCGCUCCUGCGUGCUCAGCGCCGCGCGCGCGUCCGGAGGCGCGCAGAAAGACCCAAAGCUUCUCACCAUGGAGCGCGCGAUCCUGCUGUUGAUGAUGAUGAUGAUGAAGGUCAGCGCAGCCGCGCCGACCGCGCAGGCGUCCCGGAGCGGCGCAGCCCCGUUAGCUACCAGAGCAAUGAGGAACAGACGCUACGCCAUCAACCCGCUGGGAUACAAGUGGACUCACCAUAACAUCACCUACAGGAUCAUCAAGUUUCCCAACACUCUGAACAUGGAGGACACGAGGAAGGCCAUCAGCAUCGCCUUCACCAAGUGGAGCGACGUCUCACCUUUGACCUUCACUGAACUUCCUGAUGGAAACUCCAGCGUUGACAUCACUCUGGGUUUCUUCACCUUCAACCACACAGACUGCUGGUGGUCUCCUCUCCACCCGUGCUUCGACGGGCUCAACGGUGAGCUGGCUCACGCCUUCCUGCCGCCGCGAGGGGAAAUCCACUUUGAUAACCACGAGUUCUGGAUCCUCGGCAAGUCCAGGUUCAGCUGGAAACAGGGUGUCUGGCUAAAUGACCUGGUCCAGGUGGCAGCUCACGAGAUCGGGCACGCUCUGGGACUGUGGCACUCCCGGGACCCUCAGGCUCUGAUGCACCCCAACGCCACGUACACGGGCCAGAGGAACAUCGCCCAGGACGACGUCUGGGGGAUCCAGAGGCUCUACGGCUGCGUGGAUAAGAAGCGGCUCUGUGACUCGUGGGCCCGGCUAGGUUUGUGCGAGCGGAGGAAGACCUUCAUGAAGAAGAACUGUCCUCUCCGCUGCGACCUCUGCUUUGAGCCCCUGGAAAUCCUCACCACCCCGACGGCGCCGUCGGCCAACAUCAAGGUCAAGACGGUCCCUCGAGGGAGAGUGGUCGGUUUCCGCUGCGGAACAAAGAAGCCCCGCCCUCGGUCCAAAGUCAGCUGGUACAAAGACGGCGAGCGCAUCCUCGCCUCCAUCCCGGGUUACAUCGUGAUGAAGGACAGAGACCUGCGCAUCGUGGCCAACGAGUUCAAUGAGGGCGUGUACACGUGCCGCGUUCACCGUGGGGGCGACGCGGUGUCCGCCAACUCCUGGGCCAUACGACUGAAACCGGACCGGCCGUCUAACAGCUGAUGGCGCCGACAGAAUCAGACGACGGCGAGCGUUGGAUGUCCCGGCAUUUCAGAUCGAUGCCCGCGCUGCUCUGCAGGUGACAGUAGAAUGGCGUCCUCCAGCUGAACUGCUGCAUGCUCAGCUAACGGCGUGAUGACCACCCUGGUGGCGUGGCCUCUGAGCACUUCCUGCUUCUGGGUCUGAGGACGCCUCAGAGGAACAAUAAAGUAACUUAUCUUUCA